CAUGUUCGAUGCGGUCUGCGAGCGGCAGCUCUACCUUGCUCGCUGGGGAUGACUGUAAGCUGCAGCGAACGAUGCGCUGCCAAUUGAUUUUAGGCCAAAUCACACCCUUGGGGUGCUUGGUCAGUCUCACGUCUUGUCUGGGAGAUCCCUGAGUUGGUAUUCUCCAUCCUUGUGAAGCGGAGAGCGCAAGACGGGCCGAGGCAGGGCAGCGCAGCCCGGAGUCGCAUGCAGCGUAGCCCUUCUCCAGCCUCGGCAUCACCGCUCGAGUCGCGGCUCCAUUGCAAAGCUUCAUCAGGUUGCCCAGUAGCAGCCCAAAGGUAUGGUGGUGAUCUCGGGUCACGGAGCGUCUGCCAACCUGGAUGAUGCAAUGUCGAGCACAGACUCCGCUGAAGAGGACUUCAGGAAAACCUCGGCUGCAGUCCCCCGUGUCGGUCUGGAAAAGGCAAUGCUGGCAGGGGCCACGCUGCAGGAGUUUCCUGAGGUGGUUCCUCUGAAUGUGGGCGGAAUGUACUUCACCACUUGUCUGUCUACAUUGCGGCGAUAUGAUGAUACUAUGCUGGCUGCCAUGUUUAGUGGGCGGCACCACGUCCCACAAGAUGUUGAUGGCCGUUUCUUCAUUGACCGUGAUGGUGCCUAUUUUGGGGAUGUCUUAAAUUUCCUGCGUGCAGGAGAGCUGCCACAAAGAGAUCGUGUUCGAGCAGUCUACCGAGAGGCCCAGUUCUAUUCUAUUGGACCGCUCCUGGAGAGUCUGGAGGAGAUACAGCCCCUUACUGGAGAGAAAGUGCGACAAGCCUUUCUAGACCUCAUGCCUUACUACAAAGAGAAUUUGGAACGUAUAGUUGCAAUUGCCAAACUACGUGCUAUGCAGCGGAAGGCCCGCUUUGCCAAGCUGAAGAUCUGUGUGUAUAAAGAGGAAAUGCCCAUAACUCCAUAUGAGAGGCCCCUGUUCAACUCUCUUCGGUUUGAGCGAAGCGAAAGUGAAGCCAAGAUCUUUGAACAUCAUUGCGAAGUUGACGUUUCCUUUGGGCCCUGGGAAGCAGUGGCUGAUGUUUACGACCUACUCCACUGCAUUGUCACUGAUCUAGCCAAACGGGGCAUUACAGCUGACCACCAGUGCAUUGGCAUCUGUGACAAGCAUCUCAUCAAUCACUACUACUGCAAGAGGCCCAUUUAUGAGUUUAAGAUUACCUGGUGGUAAGGUUAGCCAUUGUAGCAUUGUGUCCUAGGAUGCACAGACUUACAAAGUUUUUGGUUUGUCCGCCAAGAAAUGCGUUAUUGUAGCACAGAUAACUUGCAACUGGUUUUGAUUGCAUUAUUUUCCCAUCUCAUUCUCUUUUGUAUGGAAUUUGAAUUUUAGCUGUGGAAUUCUGUCUGGUAAAAGAUAUGGCUUAUUUUUCUUAAACCAGGACAACCUCUAACUAAAAGCCAUGUUAGCUAUACCCAUUCGUUCACUCCAAUUUCUCAGAAAAGCAUUUUCUUGCUAUCCUAUGAAAUACUGGAUUGAAACUGACUCAUGGUGUGCUAAAGAAUAGUUACUACUACUAUGACAGGCAGUUAGAGUACUGAUGACAGAGUUAUAACUUGUAUGUAGUUAAUUCCUUUUCUUAUUUUAAAAACCAAUGUAACAGGAUUAUUCUUCCCAUACAAAUAUGAUUAAAUUAGCCAGGUUGUAGACUGGAGAUGAUCUAAUUAAGAGCCUUAAAUAUCCCUACUUUAGUGAGCAUGUAUCUUUUUAUUAUUUCGGUACACACCAUGAUGUAAAAUGGGACUACAUUUGAAUCUGUUAAACAGCUGGUUUAGUUUUGUCCAUCUUUAGCCCUCUCAGACAACUGGAGAUCUUGCUAACCUAACAAGAGUUUUGAACAGGCAAGCAGAUUUGAGAUUUCCCUUUGUGUUUCUAAUAAUACAAUUCUGGAGCUAACAUGAAGCCAUAAACCAGCGAAAAGUGAGACGGCCUUAUCACAAAGGCAGAUGGUUUACCAUUGCUUUUUAAAUGAUUAAACCAGACUAGGAUCAAUAUGGUACAGUUUUCUAUGCAGGACCUAAACAAAUGUUUGCAGGGCUUUUCCUUUUUUUCCGAAAGAUGUGUCAGUGCUUCUGCUGAACUUUGCACCAAUUGUUUUUUUUUGUCAUUGUGAAAUGUGAAUGAACUGUGGAAUUUCUUUAGUUGUCUUCAAAGCUACUACACUUAUACGUGAGUUAUUUUAUAUGAUGGAUUCAAUGAACCUAGCUAAAGCUGCCCUGUUUCCACUUUGAAAAAGUACCAGUAUUUAUAAUAUUGUGUAGUGUUACAUAUACCUUUUGUAAUGUUACACAGUGGUGUAUAAGUGAGUUAGAGGUCAUGAUAUGUGUUAUGUAUAUGUUCAGAUACUCCUCACCUAAUAGUUGUUGACAGACAAUGAUAGCUCUCCUGGUGAUGUCUGCCUACAGUAGACACACAGUCAUUGCCCGGCUGCCUGCCCAGAACUCUGAUUUUACGCACUGCUAUUUUAUGCAUUAAUGUAUGCUGUAUGUUUCCUACUCCAAUACUCCUUUUACUCAUAAUGAAAAGAAACAGUUGCCAUCAUCUGAGAGUUAAGACAUGCCACAGAACUGGGACAUUUCUAACCAAAAUCAGUUAACAUGGAAAAACUGGAUACAAAUUAGCAAUGGUGACACCAGUUUAAUAAUCAGCUUUAAUGAAAUGAAGUGGCCCCAUAAUACCCAAAGACAUUUUAUUUCUGAUUAGUUAACAUUUGACUGAUAUUUGUGCUCAGAUCCACACGGGCCUCCCCAGGAUCCAAACACUUUUUCUCUUUCCAUUUCAGUUAGUUGUUAUAUGGAAGCAGCCCUCUAAUUUGUUUAAUAUGUUUAUCAAUGACUGUAUAUAUAUUUUUUAUUUAAAAUAAGGUACUAUUUAUUUUAAUAAAUGUUCUGUAUUUAUUUCUGCCUGGCA